CUUGUCCGCUGCACAGCUGAUUUCCCGCACAGCUGAUCCUGACCACUGCCAGAGGAUUCUACAAGGAAUUCAUUAUUUCCCUCUGACAUUCAAAGAUGAUGGACCUGGACUCCAUGCUGAAGGACCUGGGACAGUUUGGCAAGUACCAGGCGUUCUGCUACACUGUGCUCAUGUUUCCUGUCAUCAUGUGUGGUUUCCGCUCCACGGAGUACAUCUUCACCACAAUGAGCAUACCACACAGAUGUCUCGUCCCCGAGUGCGAGGACUCCCCCAAUACAGCAGACUUCAAAGCAGCCUGGCUCCAUGCAGCAGUUCCUUUCACUGAUCGAGCAAACAAUCACGUUCCCCACGAGUGUCUGCGAUAUCAACCUUUGUCUGCGGCUGCGGUCAAUAACCAAACUGUGUGUUCUGCUGAGAUGUUCAACAAGAGUGCGGUCACUUGCAAUGAAUGGGUGUUCUCUGAACCCACCAAAACCAUAGGGACGGAUUUUAAAAUCCUCUGUCCUGAAGAUCUGUGGAAGCUCACACUCAUUGGUAGUGUGUUUGUAAUGUCAAGCUUCAUCGGCAUUCCGGUUGCUGGAUUAAUAUCUGACAGGGUUGGCCGCAAGACAGUGCUGGUAUAUAGCUGUGUAGUUCUGGCUGUGACUGGAGUUAUCAGAUCUUUCUCUGAAAACUACACAAUAACACUCAUUAUGGAGUGUUUAGAUGGAUUCAUGGCUGUGUACUCUCCUGCUUUCAUACUUGGUCUGGAGAUUCUGGCUCCCCAAAAGCGUCUGCUGGGCAGUUUGCUGAUCAACGUCUACUUUGCCUUGGGAGAGGUCGUGCUAGCCCUGGUGAUGUGGGCAAUGGCUGACUGGAGACUGAUGCUGCGAGUUCUCUACAUACCUUCACUGCUGCUGGUGCUCAUGCAUUGGCUGCUUCCAGAGUCAGUUAGAUGGUUGCACACUCAAGAUAGAAUUGAAGACAUUGAGAAAAUCUUCGGCAGGAUGGCCAAGAUGAACAACACUGAAGACAAGUUGCCGAGUGUUCUGAGCCAGCUGCAUAACGCACAUUUUCAGGGUACCGACAUAACCCCAAAACCAACAGAACAGUCGGGAAAAGCCUCAAAACCCAGCCGACUAAUGGCAGUUUGGAAAUCCCGUACCAUCAUGUGUCGUUUUAUUGCCCUCGCCUUGUGUUGGAUGGCCUCCAUCUUCUCCUACUACGGUAUCUCCCAGUACACCACCUUGUUUGAGAGCAGCAACCGCUACGUGUCCUUCCUAUUGGCCAGCCUGAUAGAGGCACCAGCCUAUGUAGUCAGUUUGUGGCUACCUGACUGGCCAUUGCUGGGUAGAAAAGGCACCACCGCGUGGUCGUUCUUCCUCUGUGGCGUAACUUGCUUUCUUCUCAUGUUUGUUAGCAAGGGUCAAGUGGUGUUCAGUGUGUUCUUGUUCCUCACAUCCAAGUUCGCCUCUACUCUGACACUGACGGUGUUGUACGUCUACACAGCUGAAGUGUUCCCAACAGAGUUGCGACACACGCUGCUAGCCUGCUGCUCCAUGGUGGGACGAGUUGGCUCUAUUCUCUCUCAGCAGACACCUCUCAUUAGUAUGUACUUUGAUCCGAUGAUAUUAUUUUCCCUUUUGUCAAUUAUGGGUGGGAUUUUCACCCUGACCUGCCCUGAGACUCUCAACACAACUCUUCCUGACACCAUCGAGGAAGCUGAGAAGAUUGGGCAGCCUCAACAAAAACAGGGACAAACUGUACCUCUUGAGGCGCAGAAAUAUUGAUAUCACUCACACAUUUAUCAUAAUUUAAUGAUGGUUUGUAGCUUUUGGACUAUUAAUAGGUAUUUAAAAUUGUGUAAAUAUCAGCUUUACAUCAAUCCAAAUACUGCAAUCAGCAAAACUAGUUUAUGGCAAAACCAUCCUUUCCCUUGGCUACACAUGGACAUAAGUACUGUACAUGUAAUUAUGUUUGUUAUCUUCAGAGUUGAACAAUGUAAUCUUUAAGUCUCAAUAAACUACAUUUCCGUAGACACACAAUAGAACACUAGCACAAUAAAGAAAAGAAAUAGUAUAUUACGAUACAAGGCAGGGAAGUUGGUUUUUAUGGUACGAGCAUGAUUUUUCCUGCGCGAGGCUUGUCGAUGAGUGGGAUUUCAUAUGAGUACUGAUAACACCUUGAUGAUUUGUGUCAGUAUGGUAACUUUUACCAUACUACCAGUUAAAAAACUUUUUUUAUAAUAAGUAUUUUGGUAUUUUAGACUUGUAGUCUAACAUAACAUCAUCAUUUAAAACUUACCUACUAAAAGUUUGAGGAUGUAACAUAAAGCGUGGGCCUAGGAUUUUUGUGAGGAUAGCAGGCUUACUUUAAAUAAAAAAAAGAGUACAAACUGGCAGUAGAGAAACAAAAAAUUAAACUAUAUACAAAAAACUAUUAGAAUAUUUAACUGUCACUGAGAGCGUUUAAACCAAAAUGACCAAUUUUGGGGGAAACUCAACAAUUUUUAAAGUAAAGCUCCAUCAAGUGACACCUCAUUCGUUUAAAAGAAUAUUGGCAAAAACAAGAGGUCUAUCUGAACCUGUUACAUAAUGGCGGCCAUCUGCCCCCACCCCAAGAUACCCCAUUUUGGUUUCCAGUUUUUUGUUACAGUGAUAAUGACCUUAAUGUACACUGUACAACAGAUUGGUGUAUGUACAUUUUUUUCAUGGAAUCUCUUAGGCUGAUGAAAAAAUAAAACCUAUCCGCCAUCCUGUAAUGGGUUGGGAUGGAGACCCUUAGUUUUCUUUUGUCAAUAUCUUUUUAAACUAAUAGCAUGUAAAAUGAUGUGUUAUUUGAUGGGGCUUUACAUUUAAAAUCUUUAAGAUGCCCACAAAAUAACCAAUUGUACGUUUACGGAAGAAAUUGGGAUACCGUACCAACAAAAAAGUGCACAUUUAUGCCAUAGAGGUGUGCAGAGUUUGGUUUUCCUGGUGUAACCCAUUAAAAAGUUUUUGGUCCAUAAUUUUGCCCCUUCUGUAUACUAUAUUAUGUAAAUUAUAAAAUAGUGACCUCUGAAGAUGCCACACUUAGUGGCAAAAUGUACACCGGGAAACUAACACUUCAAGAACUCAAGACAACUACAAAACAAAAGGUAACUUAGUAAAAUCUUUGAGUCUAGAAAGUCUAAGGAUGUUUGAGGUUGCAUUAUUUAUACCUAAAAAUUUUUAUGACAAAACAAGUUGCUGAGUCCAUUCCGUAGACUACUCACAUAAUUUUCAAUUCAGUAGUUCCUUGAUUAUAAAACAAGAAUUGAUUAUUAAACAAGACUUGUUAUCAAGUUUGACUUCUUAUUGAGGUUUGCUACAAUUAUUGUUACAGUAUAGUUAGUUAUUUUGUUAAGUUUUUGUUUUGAUAUAACUUUAAAUAAAUGUAUACUGUGUACGACUGUUUGAUUAGAUAAGUAAAUUAAAACUCUUAUUGAAUGAUACAUGUUUUUAAGUGUGGAAGACAUGGUUAACAAGUUAACAAGCAAAUUUGUAUGUUGAAACUUGUUACUGUAUAUCGUUUAAAAAACUUUAGUCAUGGAAGUUUAGAGAGAA